AACUAUCUGUACUGCAGCCAUGCUGACAACACACUUAUGAUCAUCUUAAUAUGAGAAUAAAUAUUUUAAAAAAUAAUAGAUAAUAUUACUGCCUUCCACUGUAUGGUAUCCCUCAAAGCCAGUCAUUGCUUCGAGUCAGGCACAGGCCCUGAAUCUUGCUCAGGCUCUGUCCAAGCCAGUUCCUUCCACUGCAACCUUACACACUCACAUAAUUAUUCUCAUCUUCCCCAAACAACAGUCAGAAACUCUCACUGCGACAAUCAAAGGGUAUGUAACUGCAUAUAACUUCAGAAAGUGAUAUCCCGGAAUCCCUGCCCCGAAGGCCUAUACAGCCCAUACAUGGAAGAUGGAUAUCUUGCCAGCGCCGAAGGAUCCUCAGAAGCUGGCCUUGGAGGAGGAACCACCGUCGCAUCGAGCUCUGCUAUCACCCCGAGCGGCGGCGACGACUGCGGCGGAGGACUCGCGUACUGCGACAAGCGUGCAUACUGAUCCCAGCGCAGGGGCUGCUGAGGCAUGGACGCCUGUCGAGUGA